AGAGAGAGAGAGAGAGAGAGGGGAUUCGCGUGCCGGAAAGUGAGAGUACUUUGGAAGGCCGGGCGCCGAGGGCUCGAAGAGAGAGAGAGAGAGAGAGAGAGAGAGAGUAGAUCGGGUGGGGCGGCUGAGGCCGGCGGCGAUGUCAGAUUUGGACCGGCAGAUCGAGCAGCUGAAGCGGUGCGAGCCGCUGAAGGAGUCGGAGGUCAAGGCACUGUGCCUUAAGGCCAUCGAAAUCCUCGUCGAGGAGAGCAACGUCCAAAGGGUGGACGCCCCCGUCACCAUAUGUGGUGACAUUCACGGGCAGUUCUAUGACAUGAAAGAAUUAUUUAAGGUUGGCGGUGAAUGUCCAAAGACCAAUUACUUGUUUUUAGGUGAUUUUGUUGAUCGUGGGUUUUAUUCAGUUGAAACCUUCCUGCUGCUGCUUGCGUUGAAGGUGAGGUAUCCAGACCGCAUAACACUUAUUCGAGGAAACCAUGAAAGCCGGCAGAUUACACAGGUAUAUGGAUUCUACGAUGAGUGCCUCCGUAAGUAUGGAUCAGUAAACGUAUGGCGAUAUUGCACGGAUAUUUUUGACUACUUAAGUCUGUCAGCACUUAUUGAAAACAAAAUCUUUAGUGUCCAUGGAGGUCUUUCUCCUGCUAUAACAACUUUAGACCAGAUCCGAACAAUAGAUCGUAAGCAAGAGGUUCCUCAUGAUGGAGGCAUGUGUGAUCUUCUAUGGUCAGAUCCAGAAGAUGCUGUUGAUGGCUGGGGUAUAAGUCCCAGGGGUGCAGGCUAUUUGUUCGGAGGGAAUGUUGUUAUGUCCUUUAAUCAUUCAAAUAAUAUCGAUUACAUAUGUCGUGCACAUCAGUUGGUUAUGGAAGGAUACAAAUGGAUGUUUAACAACCAGAUUAUAACUGUCUGGUCUGCUCCUAAUUACUGUUACAGGUGUGGUAAUGUGGCAGCUAUACUUCAGCUGGACGAGGGCCUGAAUAAGCAGUUCCAAGUAUUUGAAGCUGCGCCACAUGAAUCAAGAGGGAUUCCUUCCAAAAAGCCUCCUCCAGAUUACUUCCUCUGAGAGCAAGCUUGAGACCUUUGCUUCUGCCUCUGUUUGAAGUCGCGGCAAACUCAUCAGAUUUUUUUCCCCAUGCUGAGGUGGGCUUACUCUGUCUGGUCCUUGUUGCAAUGUACAUGUCGAGGUUCCAAUAGCCGAGGGUCAGGUUAGGACUGUUGUAGUUGCAAAUAUGUACACAACUAUACAAACAUUUUUUGCACUACCUACACAAAAUGUUGAAGGAAUAAAUGGGAAUUCUUUGGGACGGUGCCAAACAAA